UCAAUAUUACUGCUUUUCUAAACCGAAAAGCUCCAUUCGUGAUGAAAAAAUGAUUUUGCUUUUUUGUUACCUUUGUGCGAAAUAAACACAUUCACCAUGUAUGCAGCCCACGCUGAACAAAAGAGAAGGGAAGCAUCUCGAUUAAAUCUUAAUGAAUGUCUGGCGCUUGUUGAAAAAUCCACAUCAGAUAGCGAACGAUUUUCAGUUUUACUUGAGGUCAGUGACUGUUUUAAUUAGGAAGUCUACACCGACUAGUUACCAAUAUAAAUAAACAUUGUGAGUGAAACUUCAACUUCACCCGUUUUACCCUCUCCAAAAUAAUGCCGUAACCAGUGUAAACAAAACAAUAAAAUCGAUAUAUUAUAUUUAAUUAUUUACCAAUAUUUUAUUCAUUACCUAUAAGCAUAACCUGCUUUAUGUCAUGACAUGAGUAGGUACUACACUAAAAAUUUCAAAGUUGUUAUAUAUUAAUUAAACUUAUAUCAUUAGAAAGGACUCAGUAUUUCCUUUCCAUUGAUACCUAUUUUAUCUUUCUAUCUUAAGUAGAACAAAAGUUAUCGCAUUUUUAGUGUCAGAAUUUUUCCUUAUAUAGCCUUAGUAAAUAUUUUCCAAAAUUCUGUGACCGAAAAAAGACAUCUUUGACACUCAAAAUGCGAUAACUUUUUAUUCAGCAAAGUUAAAGCUUUGAAACUUGCAACGCAUUUCAAUUAAGUUUUUGGCUUUAAUAAUAAAUCAUUGUUAUGCAAAUAAUACAAUAAACAUAUUAAUGUGUGCGAUUUGACGAACAGAGGGUACGUAAAUUUCAUUAAAAACAUAGCGCCCGUUCUCAAUACUCAAAAUGCCAUAACUAUUUUCCCUGUAAAGUUAAAGCCUUCAAAUUGUCAGAAUAUUUUAAGUAGGUAUUGGGCUUGUAUAAUUAGGCAUUUUCAUAUUAAUAUUUUGACUAAUGUAUUAAUGCGCGGGAUUUGAACAACAGCAGGUAAGUAAAUUUCAUUACAGAUGGAGCGCCCGUUCUCAAUACUCAAAAUGGCUUAACUAUUUUACCUGCAAAGUUAAAGCCUUCAAAUUUUCAGCAUAGUUUCAUUAGGCAUUGGGCUUUUAUAAUAAGCCAUUUAAAUAUUAAUAUAUCAAUAAAUGAAUUAAAUCAGUGGCAUUUGAGCAACAGAGAGUGAGUAGAUUUAAUUCUAAAAUUUAGCCUGUUUGUGCAUUAAAAAUACAAAUUGCAUAAAUGUUACCAAUUCCACCUAUUGUGUUAAUGCACACAAUCAUCUAGUAAAUUAAUAUUAAUUCUGUGAAUAAUUCCACAGAAAAGAUUUAUAAAAUAAUGUAUUAUAAUGGAUAAAUAGCAUUGAAAAAAUGCUGAUCACAUAUAUCAAAAUCCAAUCAUCCAUGAUCCAAUCCAUGAAAUUGAUAUCCAAGUAGCCAUGCUAUUUGAAAUCCACAGUACAAAUGAUGAUCACUUAAUAUUAUUUUAGUACUUCUAUUGUCUAUAGUUCAUUGAAAGGCUGAAUAAAAGAGAUAUAUUUUCUUUCAUAGAAAGAUGAUGGUCACAAGUUAUGUGUUGGCCGAGUCCAAUUUGUAACAGUUAUUGGUAAUGAUUCAGUUUAUGACACAGAUGAAUGGAGUCCCGAGUGUAGAUACCAUUGGUAAUGAAUGGUUUUCCGCAAUGGUUUACUUUAUGUCAAUAUUGUUGCUUCCACCCAUCAUGAUGAUAAAUAGGAGUCCUGAGUGUAUAAAUUGCCAUAUAAAUGCGGUAGUUGGUGAAAAAUAUCAAUAGCUGUUAAGAUAAUGCUCUGGUGGAUUGUCCAGUUGGACAUGCAGUCACAACUGAUAGGUUUUUGUUAAAACAGGAAAGACUGGUACAACAAUUUAAGUGAAAUUGUACGUGCAGACACAUUUUGGUAUUAGAAGCCAAUAUUCCAAAGACGUAUCUAGAGAUGUUUUGCUGAAGCAACACUUGGCACAGCUGGGAAGUCAAUACCUCUAAGCAGAAGAGGCAUUAUUUCCGCUUCAUCGCAACACAAACUCCUUGUAAUUCAAUGUGGUCUAGUAGUCCAGACAAACUGAAAUAGAGAUUGAAAAUCGAUUUAAUUAAACACAAAAUAAGCAAUUUAACAUAAGGUACCUUAUUUAAUAUAUAUAUGUCUUUAAUUUAAGAUUGUGUAAUUCAGUAGUUUAAUAAUGUUGUAAUUAAAUUAUUCAUUAAUUAAGACAAUGGUUAUUUUACUUAUGCUGUAUAUCCAGUAUGUAUAGAUAUUAUACUGUGAUGUUCUAACAUUACUUUUAUUCAGAUUAAGUCAAGUAGUUUGUAUUUCAUAUCCAUUAAUCAUUAAGUCAUUAAGGAGCUUUAACAGAUAUAAAUUUACUUAUGUAAAAAAGUCUGGUAGUCUUGAUGAGUCCUCAAGACAGCUCGUCUAUCAAUUGGCUGCAAUGGCUGAAAAAGGCUGUGUAUUUAAAAGAAAGAAAAUGCUGAGGAAUUUAAGAAAUUUUAACAACAUUUUUCAUAUACAAAGUAAAGAUUGGGCGAAGUCUGAAAAGUCAAAUAUAAUAGCUUUGAGCUAAAGUGGUAGAGUUUAGAGGCAAGAAAGGAAUAUACAUUUUUAAAAAAAAUAGGGUAUACAAAAGGAAAAUGAAAAAAAAGAGAGAUAGGUUAUUUAGAAUACAAAGGUAAAUAAAAUAAUGAAAUUUAAUCGAAAUAGGUGAUGACAUUUAGUAUUUAGUUUAGUAGCUGCUGAGCCUAUUACUACAACAACUAUUCAUUGUUUACCGUAUCUAAUCUGGGUUUAAGAUAAAUUAUAUCAGUAAGGGCAUUAUUUAAUUUCCAAUUAUAUAAUUCACUGUUGUGAAGUUUGAUAAUUAUUACAAUUACAACAUAUAUUUAAAUAAUUCAAGUUGAUAUAUCAUAUAGUUUUGACAUGGUUAUCACGGAUGUAAAUUUUAUUAUUUUACAAAAUGAAAUUUCAUAAAUAUUUAUAAAUUUGUUUUCAUUCAUGAAAUAAAAACGAGUUUAAUAAUAAAAAUGAACUGGAUUGCUUUUAAAAACAAUAGAUUUAUAAAGAUUUGUAAAUACUUCUUAUGCAAUAAGAAUAAUAAUAACAGAGAAUGGUUAUCACUUCCGGUGCAUUUGGCCUUAUCGAUAACUGGUCAGGAGCUAUUGCUCAAAUUUACGCCCGAACGCCCUGUUUAUACAAUUUACGGCCUAUCUAAAUGUCAAUAUGUUUCUUGUUUCAAUUAGUUAAAUCACUUUAACAUUCAAUACAAAAGGAAUUGAUUGCAAUACGAUAAUGGUUUCCGAAAUAUAGCGCUAGCAAAAUUACCUGUUUUCCCAACGAAAGAUAUCUGCCAAAAGCCCUGUCAGUCCGGUGAAAAAGUUCAUUUUGUAAUGAUCGUCCUCCUCGUGGGCACAAAAUAGACUAUAGGAAGUUCAUUGUCUCUCCCUUACAUAGACAAAGAAACGAAAUCUAAACAUGACCCUGUGACCUACCGGCAUUGACCGGUCGCCGGUUAAUGGUCUGUUUCUCGCAUCCGAAAAAUCGACCGGCGCGCGCAGCUUAGUGAAGUGCCUAACAUGAGUAAGAGUAAGAUGAUAGACUCUGAUUCUGAUAGUUAAAGUUAAAGUCAAAGUCCUCUGCCUCUAGCCUCUACUUAAACUUAAAGUCAAAAGUAUAAGUUAAGUCAGUAUCAAUAUGACUUAAACUUAAAUUAUACAGUCAUGUGCUCAAGAAAUAUUAUUCUUUUCCCAAUCCGCCCAAGCCCAAUCUAUAAUUUUAAGUUUUAAGGCAAGGCAUAUUUAAUUUUAAAAUCUGAAAAUAUAAAUAAUACUAUACUAUUUAUAUUAUACUCGUAUUAAUGUUAAUUUUAUUUAAUUUAUAAAAAUGCUGAGACCCUAGCCCUAGGCCUAGGUCAAUGACAAUUUCUCUAACUCUAUGCCCUAUGCCUAUGAACUAUGAAUCAUGUAAUUCAAAAAUUAAAACUUAAACUUAAAAAAAGAGCUAGUUAAGACAGUUAAGUUUCGCUAAGUAUGACAAGGAGCAAGUAAAAUCAAUGUUGUAAUACAAAAAAAAACUUCAAAAUGCCUACAAUUUACUACAUUCUAAUUUGCAAUGACAAAAUUAAAGUACUAAAAGCCAAUCUAAUGUUAUUUUUAUCAAGGCCUAUCAUCUAUGUUGAUGUGGAUACCUAGAGUCUAUACUAAAAUAUUUUAAAUAGCCUAGGUCUAGACUAGUAUUUUUAAAACAAAUCAAUAAAAAAUUAGACUUAGACUGACAUAUUUGCUGCCUUAUCAUUUAUAUCAACUCAAUCACACUAAUAAAAUUAUUAGGCCUACCAUAAUGGCCUUCAUUAAAUUGCACUUGGCAUUUCAAAGAACAAAUGGCACAAUGGACAAUAUGUUAUAAGUUAUUCUUCAUUAAAUUUUAUUAGGUACCAAUCUCUUGGCAAUGGGUAGUGUAGCAAAGCCAAAUUAUGGGUUAUUGAUGAAACUCCCAUUCUUUUUACCUUAAUGUAACAUUUUUUAAAAAUGUUUCAGCGCUAACUGGAAUUCACUGAAUUUAGUAUAUGUAUGGAUUAUUUUUUACAUAAAAAAAUUGGAGUUCAGACUUUUUAGAAAGUUGUUCAACUGUGUGUGGACCUCAGUCAGGUCAAGAGGAAAUGACUUAAAAUAUUUUCGAGUAAGUUUUCUCUUAAAUUAAUAAUUGCUAUCUUUACAGUAUCGCACAACUUUUGUUGAUUUUUAGUAUUCUUCAUACACCAAAAAAUCAGAUUACACAGCAUGUGAGAGAGAAUAGUUUCACAGAAGAAGAUCGCAGAAUUGUUCUUCAAGCAUUUGGCGUUCACUUUCUCACAAGAUUAAUAAUAACAAGUAGGUCAUAAAAUUAUGUAUAUCAUUUUUCCUAAAUCUUAAAUAUGAAAUUUAAGAAUAAAUGCAAUGCUUUUGGUUUUACUUCUUUUGAAGAGCAUUUAGCUUCUUAUUGUAGAAAAAAAAUAUGUAAUAAUGGCAAUCAUUCAUCCCACGUUUGCCUUUUUAUAUGCAUUAUGUUAAUGAGCUAGUGAUUGAUGUUUUUAGAAAUGAGUAGUUGGAGGACAGCUUUUUAAGAUUCCAAAAGAUUUAAUUAUGUACAUAUAAUUUUACUACCUAAGGCUUUUAACAACAUCACAAAUUAUAUCUCUGCUGUUUUCUCAUAGAAUUUUACCUGUUUCAGGAGUGGUGCAAUGAAAUUUACAAUCCUUUGCACCAGUUCCUCAGUCUUGGAUCUAAAUUUGCACAUGUUUUAUCAUGUUAUUCUGUUUUCUUCAUUUAAGCAUCAGGUCCAGAGUGUUCACCUCUUCUAUAUAAGUCUAUAGCUCUUAGUCUGUUUUCAGCACUGUCAAUUGAUCAAUAUGUGGUAAGACUGUUACCUCAGUUUAUUUGUUUUUGUGAACUCUUUUCAAAAUAUUGGAAGAUGGCAAAUGUAUUUUUAUUUGAAGUUUUUAAAAUGGUUACCACUAUAUUAAUUUAUUUUUUUUUUAAAAAUAUUUUGUUAAAAGAAUCAAAGUUCUUGGCUCAUUGUGUAAAUAUAAAUGUUUAUUUCAGCAAACACAGCCCCAGGUUAAAGACUUGUUAUGGGUUGUUAAUUCAGCCAUUGAGACUAAUAGCAAGUAAGUCCAAUUCUUUUCUAUUAGUCACUCUAAUAGGAUUAAGAUUGGAAUUCAAUGGUUACCUUUCUGGCAAACUAGAAGAUUUGGAUUUUUCAGACUAUCUUACACUACUUUCCCAUAUCUUCAUUCAAAUGCAAAACAAAACAUCAAAGCUCAGCCAGAGAGCUAAACAGAUAAGAAUAAAUAUCAGUGUGAAUAAAACCCAAAGUCCUCAAGAUUAACACCAGCAUUUUAAAGCAGCCGUCCAAUAUACAUAGGAGCAAUGCCACUUGAGAAAUUAGAGCCAUUCACUUACCAUGAAGGCAUCAUUAAUAAGGAGGAUGGCACCAAUGAAGACAUCAGAACAAGAAUACAGAAAGUCAAGGGAGAAUUCAACAAUGAAUAAUAGAUGUUCAAAUGUUCUAAGAUAUAAUUCAAAUGUUAAAUCUAUGCUUCUCUAUGGGGUGUCAAACAUGGUGGCACAAUGAGUUAGUAAGGGUCAGUAAUCACAAAUCUUUUGUUGUAAAUUAAAUUUUCAUGUCACUUUUUUGUAAGUGUAGCUAAUGUAUGCUAGAUCAAAUAUUUUCUUGUCCUACUUAGAAAUAUGUUGAUUAAAGAAAGAUGUUUGCACCUUAUACCAGAUAAAUUGAUUGUGUGUAUCCAUUAUCAAAAGUUCAAAUGACACGUUUUAAUAAACUUGUGGAUCUCAAAAAUUCAUUUACAAAUAUUGAUGUCAUUCUCCCUCUGUCUUUUUAAUGUAUUUGUUAGUCUGUAUUGAUAUCACUUCACUGUUAUAAAUAUAAUUCACAUCAUAUAACGUAAUAUAAUAUAUAAUUCAAUAUUUUCCUCUGGUAUAGAAAUUAUGUAACAUCUCUUUCCAGCUUCAAACAAGUUCAAUUAUUAAAUACAAAUGAGUUCUACAAAAGCAUUUGUAAAGAUUGUGAGGAAAUAGUGUUAAAUCUAGCCCAAAAUCCCACUUCCAUUGAAUACCUUUUAGAAUGUGGGACAGCAAACAUUCUACUGAACUAUGUGACUUCGGCUGACUGUAAGUAACAUCUUGUACACAUCUAUAGAAAAUAUGCUUGGAGUAUUUUUAUCAACUGUUAAAAGUUAGAAGUUAUCUCAGCAUUGAUGAAUCAUAUUAUUUUAAUUUAAUGGCAUAAUUUAUAAAAAAAAAUUAUUGUAUUUUAUUCAGAAUUCUGAUUUAUUGAUAAAUAUUUUGAUUAAUACUUCAGCCAUUUGUAAACAAAAGUAAUACUUUCAGAUUUUCCUUUCAAUUUAUGUUUUAAUAGAAUUGUGUUCUUAAUAUUAUCUUAUCAAUACAAACUGUGCUUUCUAAUUCAGGUCAAAACAGUACCACUGUUCUCACUUGUCUGAGCCUUAUAGUGAAAAAUAAAGGGGAUGGGAUUUUUGUCAACAAUCCAGAACUGUUUCACAACUUGAUGGAUCUGACAGUUGAUAGACUUGGUCAGGGUUCUGUAAGUUGUUGUUAAAUUGUUUACACAGCUUGAACACAAUCCUUCAUAUACUGUACUUUAAACUUUUCACCCGUUGUUGGAAACUUAGAAAAAAAACUAUUAUUUCAUUUUGUCUCUGCUAACAUUUCAACUAUUUCUCAUCUUCAUUUCCUCAUUUUUUUCCCCCUCUAUUUUUUAAAUAUUAAAUUGAUUAUAAAAAAUUGUUAAAUGAAACUCAUUGAAUGAAUUUUAGAUUUGUAACCAGUAAUGUUAUACUAAAAAAAAAAAAAGAGGAUAAAAAGUUACAAAAUUGAGAUAUUAUUGUAUGUGAAUUUUAAUAAAAACAUUUAUUAUUUACUGUUCAAUUAAUUUUGCAAAACUUCAAGGUGACAAUCUUGUUAAAGACCCACUCAAGUUCACUUCACUAGACAUAGAUUUAUAAGAAAUAUCACCAUCCUUACCUGAAACAAAAGUUUUUUGUUAAAUAUAAAAGAUAAGAAAUGCGAAAUGCAUAGAUUACAAAUUCAAUUAAUUACGAAACUUGUCUUUAACUAUUACAUCAAAGCACUGGGCAUUGCUUGGUGAUUGAUGUCAGUAUUUGAGUAAGUGCUGCUUGGAUAAUACAGUUGUAUGGAUAAGUUUGUACAUGAAAAAAGCUCAAAUGAAAAAUAAAACUCGUAUAAAUUAAUUAUUUUUUUAAAAUGUGCUCUACUCUUGACAGGAUUUGAGGGAAAAAACUGAGUGUGCUAAUAUUCUAACAUCUUUUCUCAAUGGAACUUCUAAUGUAAGUACCUGGUGAUAACAAAGAGGGUGAGCUAGUACCAAGAAUGUAAUGAAACCAAUGAUAUUUUUAAAAUCAAAAAGAGCUAAUUAUGAGAAGUUUUCAUCCAUCCUUGUUUCACCACAGACCAUCUAGGCUAUGGCCUGCCUCACAACUCAGACCUAACUGGGGCUUUUCUUUUCUAUGCUUGGAUUCCCAGCUGCUGCAGAUAUUUUCCACAUCAUCCUUCCAUCUAUGCCUAGGUCUGCUUUUGAUCCAUUUUCCUCUGGGGUUUUGGUGUUGCUCAAUCUUUCCUGCUCUGUCAUUCAGCAUUCUUUCUAAGUGUCCUUUUUUAUUUCUGCUACUAGAAAUCAUUUUGGAACCUUAAAAUCCUGAUAAAGUCUAUACAAUUCCUGGUUGGUUCAUUUUCUCCAUGGAUAUUCAUAGUUUGUUGAUCAGGAGAACCUUUCUCUCCCAUGUGUUUAACAAUUUUUCUGCCAUUUUUGUUUGGGUCCAAGUUUCACUAGCGUAUGUUACAACUGGUCUGAUUACAGUUUUAUAUAUUGUUUUCUUUUUUGUUUUUUUAAAAUGUUUUUACUUUUGAGUAUUUGGUAACUAUUGAAAUAUGCCCUGUUUCCGGCAGAUAUUCUUUCUAUUAUUUCUGUUAGUAAUUCAUUUCUUUCAUUUAUUAAGGAUACUAGGUAUUUGAAUUGAUUUACUUUCUCAAAAGUGUGUUUUUCAAUUUUAAUGGUUUCAUCUGCCAGUUCUUCUCUUAACUUAAUCAUGUAUUUUGUUUUUUUGGUUGUUAACUUCCAGCCCUGCUUGUAGGGAUGCGUCUUCUAAUUUAAAAAAAUCUUUUGAUAUGUCUUUACCACUUUUCCCAAAUGGUGUUAUGUCAUCAGCAUCUGCAAGUUACUGAAGGUUUUGGUUGUAAAGAGCGCCUUUUUGUUGUGGGUCUUGGGGUAUCCCUCAGAAAGUAUCCUGUGAUUUUCCCUCGGGUGACAAUAUGAACACUUCUUAAAACUCUCUCUUGUGUUAGGUUUUAUAUCAAACAAGACAAUGAGUCUCCUGUCUUAGGCCUUGGCUAAUCUGAAAUUUUCUUGAAUAUUCACCCUGAACCUUGAUUUUUCUUUUUGAGUUGUUUAAUAUGAUUAUGUGAUGUUUUGAUUGCAAUAAAGAUCAAGUAGAUUAAAGACACAAACAAAUUAGUGGAGUCAACAGUAUAAUUAAUGAGGUUUUCAUUUAAUGACAAAAAUAAAAUUAAAACAAAAAUCUCAUCAACUUAAAUUAGUCAUUGCACAUAUACCCUACCUAUUGAAUAAGAAGUAAUGGAAUGAAAGGAAAAAAGGUUGUAAAAAAGUCACUUACAAUAACAUAUAAGAAAAGAAAUACCAUUACCUUGUCUUUAAUUUUAUAUUCAUCAGGAUUAACUAAGUCAUCUCAAAAUAAAUAUAUUGAUUGUUAUUAAAUUAGUAGAGCGAAAAGGUGAAUGUCAACAAAGCACAGAUUAAAUCCCUUCAUUUUACCUCAAAGGCAAUAUAGUUUAUUUCUUUAUCUCCAUCUACUUUGUUCCUAGUCCAUUACCUAACCAUGUCGAGGGUAUGUAAUAUUUGUUCUAUGAAAUAGAUCAGAGGCAUUGAAUGUGGUUAUAAUUUACUACUAAUGUAUAAUCUUUUUCUAGAUUGUUGUUUCUACACAACUUGACUGGGUUGUCAAGUUACUGAAAAUCUUGAAGAAGUUUAUUACAUUGAAGCUGAGUAAGUAAACUUUAGUGAUAUUGCUUGGUUAGUGUGUGUGCUUUGAUACGGUGUGUGUAAUUUUAUGUUUAUAAAACCAAAGAUGAACUAAUUUCUGGUUGUCAUUGUUGCUGUUCCAUUAAAACUUUUAAAAAAUGUCAUGAUGAAUGUAGGUGAACUUUAUUAUGUAUUGUGCCAAUUGGAUUUUUGUUUUCAUUGUAUUUUUUAAAAGAAUAAUAAUAAUUAAGAGAGAAUAUACAAUAUAAUAAUUAAUGAACUCUAUACAUAUCUACAAACAUUGUAGAAAAUUUUUGACAAGACUAAAAUUAAUACCAUAAUAUUUAUUGGCAUUUAAAACUAUUACUGUAAUCUAUUAAAAAAAUUAAUAUAUAAUGGCUAGCUUAUCAGAAUAAAUUAUGAACAUGUGACUUACAUUCCAGUUUGUAUGUUUGAAACCAACUUUCAGGUCCUGAUGACAGCGACACUGUUUUGUUUCUCGUGUGUGCACUUGUCAGUGCGGUGGGUGGAGAGGUCUUGAACCCCCAGCUCGUGGGAGAUGCCACUUUUCUCAAAGCUGUUGUUGCCAGGUUGUCUGUGGAGGUGUACAUGCUCUUAGACUGUAUUGACGUUAAUAGCGUGAGUGUUUGGGGGUUGCUUGGAGGCUUGUCAUCCUUGCUGCCAUAAAAAAUGACAUGAAUGAACAAUGAUUGCUUUAAUGUUGCCAAUCUGAAAAUUUAGUAAAGUCCUAUCAUCAGAUGCAACCCAAUAGAUUUUUAACUUAAUUUGAAAAAUCAAAACUUAGUUUUCAAAAUUCCCACAGCACUCAACUAUUUUAUUGUAUAUUAUUUGUGUGUGUCAAAUAUUUUGUAGACUAAUCUGUUUUAGAAGGUCAAAAAAGAUUUUUGUAGAAAGUUUUAAGCCCUGUCUAUAGAACAGACGUAUCCAUUCUUGAAACGUUCAUCAAUGUGUUUGUUUUAUAUACCCUGUUUUGGGUGCUAUUUUGAUGGGAUGAAAUCAAAGCAUCGUCGUCUCAACAGGCGUUUGAGCGCUACAUAAAGUUAGACAAGGUGAACAAGCUGCUUUGUGAUGUCAUCCACUACCUGGCUGAGUUUGGUGACUCCAUGGACACAGACUCCAUCAUCGCCGUCUACAGGAAGUUGGUGGAGACCAGCGAAACAAUCAUGGAGUUUCUGUGCAGUGUCUGGAGUCAGGAAGUUGAGCUGGUAAAUCUAAUUGUGUGCUAGGCUCCUAAUGUCUCAUGGAGAUGUAAAAAAGCUAGGACUUGGGGGUGCAAUGUUAAUAUGGAGUUAAUAUGGGCUAUAAAUAAUUUUGAGGAAACAACUCUUUUAUACAGUAAAGUAAAUAGAUUUUGAUUAAGUUUAUGAUGGAAGUGAACUGAAUUUAUCACACACAAAAGUUUUUUCUCCUACCUGUCUCAGUAAUUCAUAAAUGUUUUAAGAAAUAAUUUUUUCCCCACACCCAACACAUAUUUUAGUGUUAUCCACAUCACAGAAACCUAUGAUAUACUACGGAAUACUAUUUAUUUAUUUUCUGGUUCAAUUGCAGCACCAAAAUUUUAAGAAGACAUUAAAAGGACACUAUUGAAAUUGUGUUAAUUUUUUUUCAGCCCAAAAACCACAGUGUUGUCCUCAUUUGUGUGAGAACCUUGGCAGCAAUGUUGUCUGAGAUCACAGAAGAGCCAACAGCAAAAUUAUUAGAGCUCCUUCCAUUUUUUAAUUUUCUAUGGUGAGUGAGCAUUAAUUACCCGGUACAUAAUUUAUGCAAAUAUUGUUCUUGUGGUAUUUAUUAUUGUUUUAAAUACAGGUGAAAGGGAAACCUUGUAUGUAAAAUUUGUAAUUUUAUUAUUUUUUAAACAAAUGAAUUUUUCUGCACAUUAAAUUUCAUGAAGGUCAAGUUGUCUGUAUUAUCUUUCACCAGUCAAAAUGUAGAGUACACUGAGGAUGUAGUCAUGGAAGUAAAGAAUGCAACUCUGGCAGCAUUAGAAAAUAUCAAGUUAAUGGGUAUCUCAACCAUUCCUGAAGAAAAGGGAGAUGACCUGCCGCCAUUAUUAACUUCUAAAAAUGUGCAGUCAUCAGCCCCCCACCAAUGUACAACAGAAAACAUUACAGGUUCCAACAUUAAUAUAAACAACACCUCUGAAAUACCUUACAAAGACAGUGCAACUAUGCCAGACAGAAAGGACACAACAGAUAUUACAGAUCCUCUCAGACAGACUGACACCAACAAUGUGGAAUCAUGGAAAAAUAACUCAUUGCAAGAUGAUGCAACAUAUAAGGGCCACCAAAGCAUGUCUAUGGACCAGAGUGAAAACUCUCACCAGGAGACAGCUCAUACCAGCCGUGACCCCAUCAAGACAUCAGUCAAUGGUAAUGUGCAGCUCACAGCUACAGAUAUAGAGGAUUUCGUUGCUUACCAGGAAGCUGUAUCAGAAGCAAGGUCCAAACCCCCACCUUUUAUCUCCAGGAAAGUCUCCUUCUCGGCCAAGGCCAAAAAGAAAGUAGUUGAGGACCCUGAGUCGGAAGAAGACCAAUCUUUCUACUGGAAGCCCUUGCCAGAUGAUGUUUUGGGGUACCUGCUGCCUGCGUAUGGGUUCCUGCUCAGCAGCCAGGAAGCUCUGGAGGUCAUGGUGAGAAGCGAUUCAUUCCAAAGUAUUAUAAGCUUUUUGGAGAGAUCCUUGUCGCAGUUGUUGGAGAGCAAGAGUACGACUUGCCCAGAGGUGAGCUAAAUUGCUGUCACUAACACAGAUGGUGUAAAAUAAUUAUGUGUUUUUUCUAACCUAUUAUUUUAAUAAAAUAAAUUAUUUGUUUUUUCUAACCUAUAUUUUUUAUUGUAACCAUUAUUUGGCCUAUCUGAUGAAGUUAAUUGACUUUUGUGCAUGAAAGCGCAUUCCUCAUCAUAACCACAAAGAUGUUAAAUUUCUCAUGACAAUCAGUAUUGGGGGGGGUUGCAGUGAAUUACUGCCCCACCCAGAGCAUAAUUUCAUGAAAUGGAUUAUUACUAAGUCUAUAUGACCAUUGCUAUUGACUCUGUAACAUGAGUUGAUUAAAUACUUGAUACAUCUUAAAGGUGCAGAACCUCCAUAAUCUUUCCAACUUUUUCUCUGAUUCCUGCCCUUCCUAUUUAACUGAAAUACUUUCUGUAUAUUCCCCUCUUCGACAGCUUCACUCCUCCGCAGAUACACAUAUUCUGUCCAUUCCCAAGACAUGCACUAAAACAUAUGGUCGAGGGAGUUUUCUCUUUCUGUGCCCCCAAACAAUUGAAUUCUCUCGCACUACACAUCCGCAAUAUACUGACCACUCAGGCCUUCAAAAUUGCACUCAAAACACAUCUCUUUAAACUCUUCUACCCCAAAUGAUUCCCCCCUCUGACCGAUAAAUGAUGCUGCCGUCCAUGGCUGGGGUGAGUGGGGGAAUAUACACUUGUUUUUGUUUUGUUGUCAUGCAACUGUUUUUUAAUUAAAUAAAUGUAUGUUAUUUUUUAAAGUCACGAUUAUGUUUGCUAAAAUGUUUUUGUACAGCGUGGUGAGCCCAGCCCUAGGCUGGGGUACCGCGCUUUAUAUGACCACUAAUAAUAGUAAUGAUAAUAAUAAUUUUUGACUGUUCUUUUGUGGCAUUUGUAAUUAUUGUUUUAAGAGUAACAAGAGUUAUUUAUGAACCUAUCAUCUUCCUCUUCUGCGUGCUUCUACCUGGGGGAGCAUCACAAAUGGGUAAAUUUGGUCUCUGCCGCAAGGUGUAAGGCCUGCUGAAGGUUCAUGCUGUCCUUAGCACAGCCAAUGUGGUCUUCUUAUUGAAUAAUCCUAUUUAAUGCAAGUUUAUUAAAAGUAAUUAAUUAAGCUGGAGCAUUUAAACCUUAAUUAUAGUGCACUCAUGUUAAUGCUGGUGGCCAAUGGUCAACGCAAUGCAUAAAGGAAUGAACUGACCAAUGUUUCAGAGCAUGACGAUCAAUGCCUUGAAUGUGAUAGAGCAGGUGUACACCAACUCUCCAAUCACCGCUGCCAACCUCCAGUGUUUCCAGAGUCUGUUUGAGAUCUCAGUCCUUUCAGUGCCCAACCUGUGUAAGUUAUUCAAAGUUGUAGUCUACUAGUUUCUUUUAGUGAAUUUCUAGCCCAGUAUAAUGAAAGGAAUGUAUCAGUAGAAAUAUUUCACUCUUGUCUUUGUAGAAUAUCAAAUUGUAUUCCAAAGGGGGUAUUUACAGAUUGCCUUUGUUCAAAUUGAUUCACUAUAAGUAAGUGGUUUUCAACCAAUUGGUUUGAAAAAGGUUCACAUGUUGAAAUAUAAAAAAAUAUUUUAUUAAAUGCUAAAAAAAUUUUUUUUUGGCAUAAUACCUACAAAGUUAGCUGCUACAUUAUCUAAUUCAUCAAAUCUUAAAUACUAACAUAAUAAUAAUACAUUUCCUCAGCAAAACAGUUGGUAGAUUUUAGUCCUUGAUUGGUGUCUUGGAGAAUGUUUGUAAUUUAAUUUUGUGUCUCAAGUAAAAAAAAUAAUGAAAAUCACUGCAAGACAUUAAAAACAUACUUAGUGAAUGAAGGGAAACAAUUAAUUAGCAAAACACUUUAAUAAAUAGAGCAGCCAUUUUGUAAAACAUUGUUAUUCAUAUUUUAUCUUUAUGUGAAUUAUGCAAGGAUAAAUUUAAGAAAAUAUUUUUGUUUUGGUCUCUGUCAGUGACUCUGCCACACCCCCCUCCUCUUGUGUGCCUCAAACUAAUUGAGGUUUGCCUUGUAGCCUAUCGUUUACAGACCAGGGAAAAUAAAAGUAAGCUUUGUAAAGUGUCAGUCAUGAUGAUAUUUUAAAAAAAAUGUUUCAUAAAUUUAAUGUAUCUCAUAUUUAUACAUUUAUCUCUUAGUAUUUAUAUUUAAGUGAACAGAAAUAAAAUGAAGGAUACAAUAUGAAUUCAGUAAUUUGAGUGAAUAAAAACAGAUGUGUGUUAACAUGUAGCACAAUUCUUUUUCUUUGCAUCAAAAUAAAAUACAUAUAUGACAACACUUCCAAUACUUUUUGUGUAAAAAUUGACUUGUAAAUUCUGUCAUCCCCUUGUAGGAAAUUCUUCCCUUCAGAGACUUAAGCAUUCCAGGUUUCGAUUGUUUAAAGCUGUUGUUGAGUACCUGAGUACAUUUUAUGAAUUCCGCCAAAGCAGUAAAAGAGCUUCUAUGAUUUCUAUAAGGAAGGAAGUGAGAGAUAUUUGGCCCCUGUCUGAAGAGUUUUGGGGUGGCUGCAUUGCAGGUAGAGGACCCAUGUGGUUGUUAGGUUUUUUUUUUAAUCAUCUUAAAAAUUCACCUUUAAAAGUGUGUCUUUUAUGUAUAUUUUUCCACACCCACAGUUCUAGUGAGAAAAUAUUCAUUUAUAUUGUACUUCUCAGUUUCUUAAAGAAAAUUGGCAUCUGUUUACAAGGUUAAAAAAAUCAUUUAUAAUUGUCCAUCCAAUAUAGGGUUGUGUACACUGAUCAGAUGUGUAGAAGAAGUACAAGAUGUACUGGUCAGUUCUCUCCUCAUUCCAGAUUUCUUGGCUUUUCUCCAGACUGUUGAAGGUAACACAUUAUCUCCACAUUACCAAUUACCAAUAGAUUAGAUACAAGAUGUGCUAUCCCCACAUUGAUGAUGGAUAUGAUACAAAUAUUUAAAUAAAACCUAUUACAUACAUAAGUUGACCUUCGAAGCCAGAGAUCUAUCUCAAAUUCUCUAAACGCAUAUGACUGAUUUUUUUUUCUCAAUCAGGCAUUUUUCAAAAAAAAUUAAUAAGAUCAAGGGCUUCCCCCAUGUUUUGUAAAAAUAUUUUUUUUAAAAACUGCAUGAGUUGAAAAUUAUCUUAUGUUUUGUGUUAAUGAUGUAACCAAAUGUUUUAAAAGUUUGUUUUUAAGUCAUUCAGCUUUUAGUGUCUCCUGUCAAAUUUAAUGAACCUGACCAUACUGUUACAUUUACAUUGAUGAUUGUUGUCUGUCUGCUCUUUGUGUUUCAGUGCACCAUGCCAUAAUGCAUUUUUCAGAUUUCUUUGACAAUACCAAAAUAAUAAAAUGAAAGAUGUUUUAUUUGUUAUUAAAGUGAAAUCGUGUAAAAUUGUUUUCCUAUUGCUACUGUUUUCAGGCCUUUGCAGUUGACAUGACACAUUUUUAAUUUCACAAAUUGAUUUGGCCAGUAUGUUAAAUUUUAAUUUACUUUUCUAAAUAGAUAAAGACCUCAAUAACUGGCCAGAGAAUGUGCAGAAAAUUGCAGAGUCCUUGAUUACCCUGGCUGAAUGUGCUGCUGAAGGGUCAACAGAGCUGUGUGAGCUCAUUUGUCAAAACCAUGGAAAGAACAUUGCUAAGUAAGUAAAUUAAAACCUUGGGCUUGGUAAUGAGUUGGUAAAACAUAUGUUAGUCCCUCCACUUGUAAGUUCAUGACUUUUCCCCACACAUAGGAAUUAUAUCAGCUAAAAUUUAAUAUUUUAUUGAUUUGUCUUUUUACUCAAAUGUCAUAGUAUAAACGAAAAAAACAAAAUUAAUGUCAUUCCUUAAAUUCUGCAUUCAUGAAAUUGUUAAGGACUUGUAUGUGUUUUGUGAUUGGGUGCAGUUUGGAGAAUGUUUGGGUAGAUGUUUGGGAGAUAUUUUGCGUAAGGGGAAAUGACGUAUUAUUGUGUAAUGUGUUGUGGCUAGAAAGACUUUGAGAUUGUAUGCUUGUAAUUAGUUUUUGUAGUGUUGCGUUUGUUUUAAAUGUGAUUAAUUAUAGAUAUGUUUUUUGUUGACUUUGUACCGCGCUUCGAGCCUUUGGGGAUGAAGCGUGUUUUUGAAAUGAACUUUAUUAUUAUUAUUGUGGUUGAGUAUUGGCAGCAGUUGACAAUGUAGUUUAGUUGUGCCAUUAAUAAAGAUACUUUCUUCCAUAAAUUCAAUGGUUUGUGUAGUUACCAUAACCCCUAGACAAACGAAGCUAUCGAACCUGGUAAGAUUGGGUUCGUAACAGAAAUGAAAUUUUGAUUAAAAGUCUUUAAAAAAUGUAUUAUUAUUUUAUUGGGGACAACUACUAGUCAAUGCAGAAUGUGACUUAAAAUUUGUAACAUAAUAUUUAGGUAUCACCUACAGCAUCACUUAAAGAAAUCACAUAAAUUGUUCAGUUCCAGUGAAAUUUAAUCCUCCUUCUGUUUUGUCUAAUUGACAAAACAUCAAUAUUUCCUAAAAUGUGUUGUACCAAACAUCAAAUAUUUCUUUGUACCACAUAUCAAAUAUUUCUUUAAGUGUGCUGCUCAAAACAUCAAACAUUUAUUAAAGUGUGCAGUACCAAUGAGAAUUGAUCCUACUUCCAUAUUGUCAAAUAUUUCAUCAUAACUCUUUAAAGUUGACUCAACACCCCCCCCCCCCUCAAACCCACCAUCUCUAUUAAUAGUGAUCACCAGAUCAGAUGAGCUAAAACAUCAAACAAUUAAUAAAUUGUGCAGUACCAAUGAGAAUUGAUCCUACUUCCAAAUUAUCAAAAUUUUCAUCAUAACUCUUUAAAGUUGACCCAACACCCCCCCCCCCCUCAAACCCACCAUCUCUAUUAAUAGUGAUCACCAGAUCAGAUGAGCAAUGCUUCUUUCUGACAUUGAGCCUAAAAUACACCUGUGAUAAACUGUAUCAUUCAUUGCUGAAUAAUUCUUAAACUUAGAAAACUAAUCAGAGAAAUAGUGUUUCUUAUCUUGUUUUGCCUGUCACUGUUACUGUCUCAGAGAGUGGCCUCCACCUGCUACAUAUUUGUUUGCUGCUUUUCCUUUUUUUUUCUCUUCACAUGUCAAUGCCACAACCCUGUUUUGUUGUUCUCUAAAUCUUUGGCCCAGCUGCACAUUUUGAAUUUUAUCUUUCUCUUGCAGGAAAUUUUCUUUAAAGAAGCUGGAAAGAUGCCUGCUGAAACAUGAGGAACAGAAAAAGUAAAUACACCAAGAAGAUGCCAUUAACACCAAUAUUGAUAGAUCAGAGUUUUAGGAUGGCUGUCUAUAUCUCAACACUGCUGAUUGUUACUUAAUAUUUCUAGAUAGUUGCAAGUCUCAUGAAUAUUGGAAAUUCUAUGCAAACUGACAAAUGAAUUGCUACCUUUUUAUUUUCUUUAUCUUCAAAUAAUUCAAAUUUUUGUUUUCAAACUCAACGAUAGAUGGCAGCCCAGUCCUGCUUCACAAAAUUUGAUUGUUAUUUUUGCCCUUUUUUCCCCUGAACUAGUUUGGCUAAACUCUCUGACAAUCUGAUUAUGGUCCUCUUAUAAUUCUAAAUGUAUAUUUUUAAAGCUGUGUUUUGAUGCAGCACAUUAUUUAAAAACCUUGAUUAACUAGAUUCACAAAUUAAUAUGUCAAGAGGUGAGUUCAUUGCUGCCUGUGAAGUACUCUGACCUCUGACCUAUACAUUGAUUCCAAUGAAACUCUCUUAUCUAAAUCAUGAUCAGUUUUUUUUUUCCUUAUUUUUUUUUUAUUGAAGUUACCAUUUUGGGAUUUCCCCAGCUGUAAGAUCUGCUAACUUGUUACCAUUUUUGAAGCGGGCCAGUUAAUGGUUCAUCGAUUUUCACCAAAAUAACUGCAGUAUGUUUCAGUAUUAAAAUGUACAUUCAAUAUCCAAUUAUUGUGGGAGAUGACAUAUCUGUUUACUAAUGCUUCCCUACAAAACUAUUAACACUUCAACAAAAAAAAAAAGCUUCCACUAUUUUGGUUCUUGAAAGCCGCCUUGACAAUGUGGCUGUUUUCUUAUUAGUGGUGUCACUUUUUAUCAUUUUUAGCUGUGGAACUCUUGACUCUUAAUUUAAUGUGAAAGUGGAUUAGAAAUGAAAAAGUAAUUUAUUUUUCAUCAUUGUCAUGAAGUCUGCCAGGUUGGCUCUUUAUCUCUUUGUAAGUAAACUGAAGGAAAUGUUUAAAAAAAAAAAUAAUGAAAUGUUACUCAUUCUUUCACACAGUAGGUCCAAAUAUUAAACACAUUGGUGAGGUUCCCUUCACAGGUUAUGCUUUAAAACAUUUAAAUUUAGGAGUCCCGAGAUGUGUGGUUUGUACAUGCAUUGCAAAACAUGUUGUUGUAUCACAGUAGUGCUUGAAAGAGUUAUAAGAUUUGUUAUGGAUGAUAUUGAAAUGAAUUCAUGAAUGUUCACACAUUGUUUCCUUGUUGUUGAUGUCAUUCAUCUGCAGGCUUGGCAGAAAUCUCCAUUGUCCAGUUGUAUUUAAUUAAACUGAGUGAUUUCUAAAAAUAGAAACAGUCCCUUAAUGAGUUUGAUUUGAGUUUGGUUGAUGUGGAAUAAAAGAUCUUAUCAGUUCAAGUCGUGACACCUGGACAGAGAUAAACUGUUCAUGUAUGCAUUUAGAAUACAACUCGUGACCGCAGUGAUGUCACCACCUGUACUAGAUUCAUGUAGCGUAAAUAUAUGAAUGACUUGUACAUUUUUACAAUCUUCUAUUGCCAGGAAUUAAAAAAAAAAACUUUGAAAGCAUCAAAAAAAAUCUGAUUCUGUCUACCUUAAAAAUAA